AUGAAGGCCAACCUAGGUUUUUGUUUGUAUUUUUUAUUUCGGAGGAGGGGUGAUCAUUCCCUUUUUUCUUUACUUUUUCGUUUUUAUAGUUAUUUUGUUCUUUGUGUCUUUUCUUUUUUUUUCUUUUCCCUUUUUCUUUUCUUUUCCCUUUUUCUUUACUUUUCUAAUUUUUCUUUUCUAAUUUUUUCUUUGCUAAUUUUUUCUCUUUUUCUCUUUUCUUUUUCCUCUCUUCUUUUCUUUUUCCUCUCUUCUUUUCUUUUUCCUCUCUUCUUUUCUUUUUCCUCUCUUCUUUUCUUUUUCCUCUCUUCUUUUCUUUUUCCUCUCUUCUUUUCUUUUUCCUCUCUUCUUUUCUUUUUCCUCUCUUCUUUUCUUUUUCCUCUCUUCUUUUCUUUUUCCUCUCUUCUUUUCUUUUUCCUCUUUUCUUUUUUCUCUUUUUUCUUCUCUUUUUUUCUUUUUCCUCUCUUUUUUCUUUUUUUUCUUUUUCCUCUCUUUUUUUUUUUUUUUUCUUUUUCCUCUCUUUUUUCUCUUUUUUCUUUUUCCUCUCUUUUUUCUUUUAUCUUUUUCCUCUUUUUUCUCUUUUUUUCUUUUUCCUCUCUUUUUUCUUUUUUUCUUUUUCCUCUCUUUUUUUUUCUUUUCCUCUCUUUUUUCUUUUUUUUCUUUUUCCUCUCUUUUUCUUUUUUCUUUUCCUUUUUUCUCUUUUUUCUUUUCCCUCUCUUUUUCUUUUUCUUUUCCUCUCUUUUUUCUUUUUUUCUUUUCCUCUCUUUUUUUCUUUUUUCUUUUCCUCUCUUUUUUUUUUUUUCUUUUCCUCUCUUUUUCUCUUUUUCUUUUCCUCUCUUUUUCUUUUUCUUUUUCCUCUUUUUUCUUUUUUUUUUUCCUCUCUUUUUCCUUUUUUUUCUCUUUUUUCUUUUUCCUCUUUUUUCUUUUUUUUUCUUUUUCCUCUUUUUCUCUUUUUUUUCUUUUUCCUCUUUUUUCUCUUUUUUUUCUUUUCCUCUUUUUUCUUUUUUUUUUCUUUUCCCCUUUUUUCUUUUUUUUUUCUUUUUCCUCUUUUUUCUCUUUUUUCUUUUUCCUCUUUUUUCUCUUUUUUUCUUUUUCCUCUCUUUUUUCUUUUUUUUCUUUUUCCUCUCUUUUUUUCUCUUUUUUUUCCUCUUUUCUCUUUUUUCUUUUCCUCUCUUUUUCUCUUUUCACUUUUCUCUUUUUCUUCUCUUUUUUUUUUCUCUUUCUUUUUUUUUUUUUCUUUCUUUUUUCUUUUUUCUUUUUCUUUUUCUUUUUCUUUUUCUUUCUCUUUUUUUCUCUUUUUUCUUUCUCUUUCCUUCGUUAUUUCUUUCUGAUUUCAUUUCCUAUUUUCGUUUUUUUCUUCAUUUUCUGUGUCUUUUUUCCAUUACUUCUCUUUUUCUCUUUCUUUUUCGUUAUUGUUUUUAUUGCUUUCGUUGGUUUCUUUCCUUUCUUUUUUUUUCUCUUAAAUUUUUUUUUUUUAUUUUAUUUUUUUCAACGGUUUGA